CUUACAUCAAUUGAUCAUACAUAUUUAUUUUCUUUUAAAGUUCUUGUUAAUAAAAAUCAAACGAGCAAGAAAAACACUAAAAAUGAUGCAUUCACAAACUGGGUCCUUUGAUGAACAGGAAAAACUUCUUGGAGACGCAUUACAAAUAGUCAGAGGGCAGGCAUUUUCAAUGAAAAGAUGUCUUGAUAAGGGCCGCUUAAUGGAUGCACUCAAAUGUGCCAGCGCGAUGUUAAGUGAGCUCCGAACAUCAUUGUUAUCACCAAAAUGCUACUAUGAACUCUAUAUGGCCAUCACCGAUGAACUGAGACAUUUGGAAUUAUAUUUGGUAGAUGAGUUCCAAAAGGAGAAUAAAGUAGCAGAUUUAUACGAGCUGGUUCAAUAUGCAGGAAAUGUAGUUCCUCGAUUGUAUCUCUUGAUCACGGUGGGAUUAGUGUAUAUCAAGACUAAUAGCGCAUUAAAAAAGAGCAUUUUGAAAGAUCUGGUUGAAAUGUGUCGUGGUGUUCAACAUCCACUCCGUGGGCUCUUUUUAAGAAACUUCUUGUUGCAAUGUACCCGCAAUAUUUUGCCGGACUCUGUAGAAGAAGGCAGCGAGGGUACAGUCUACGAUUCUAUAGACUUUGUUUUAACAAAUUUUGCAGAAAUGAAUAAAUUAUGGGUUCGAAUGCAACAUCAAGGACAUUCCAGCGAAAAGGUUCGUCGUGAAAAAGAACGUGAAGAGUUGAAGAUAUUGGUUGGGACGAACUUAGUUCACUUGUCUCAGCUUGAAUCUGCAAAUUUGGAUAUAUAUCAGAGGUUAAUACUACCUGGUAUCCUUGAACAAGUAGUCAGUUGUCGGGAUAGCAUUGCCCAGGAGUACUUGAUGGAAUGCAUUAUUCAAGUAUUUCCAGAUGAAUUUCAUUUGAAAACUCUUGAUGUUUUCUUAAAGUCUUGUGCGCAACUUCAGCCUGGUGUAAAUGUUAAAAACAUCAUUAUUUCCCUUAUCGAUCGACUUGCUGCGUACAAUCAACGCCAUGAUAAGGGCAAUGAAGAUGGUACGGAUUCAGUAAUUCCAACAGAUUUGCAGCUAUUUGAUAUUUUUAACACUCAGAUAGCAAAUGUAGUUCAAAUUCGGGCCGAAAUGCCUUUAGAAGAUGUUGUUUCUUUACAAGUUGCUUUAGUUUCAUUGGCACAAAAAGUCUACACUUCACGUAUUGACUACGUAGAUCAAGUUUUAGGUACAACUGAUCAAAUAAUGGAAAGGCUCAAUAUGACUAGUAUUGCAUGCACUUUGCCAGUCAACCAAGAGUUAUCAAGACUACUUCGUCUCUGUAUUGACUUUUACAAUAACGUUCUUACUGUAUUGGAACUUUCAAAUUUCUCUAAGCUCAUGCAGCGUUUUGACUAUACUAGUCGUAAGGCUAUGUCAUUAUAUAUGGCCAUGAAUAUUCUUGAGAAUGAGACUCAAAUACCCGAUGCAGAGAGCGUGGACUCUGUGUUGAAAGUUUUAGCACCACUGAUCAAAAAUCAAGAUGAUCAACCAAACGAAAAAAUUGAUAUGGAAGAUUUUGCAGAGGAACAAAGUAUUGUUGGCAGAAUUGUUCAUUUAUUGCAUUCGGAUGAACCAGAUAUGCAAUAUAAGAUUCUGAGUACAGCAAGGAAACAUUUUGGAGCUGGUGGUAGCCAACGAAUACGUUACGUUCUACCAUCUCUGGUUUUUCAAGCGUAUCAACUUGCACACAAAUACAAAAAAAUAUCUAACGAAGAUGAUAUGUGGGACAAAAAGUGUGAAAAAAUUAUAAAAUAUUGUCACGAAACAAUUGCUGUCUUAGCAAAGCAUGAAUUGCCAGAGCUGGCACUACGUUUAUAUUUACAAGGAGCUUUAUGUAUCGGUCAAACUCAAUUUUCCAAUCACGAAGCGGUUGCAUAUGACUUUAUGACUCAAGCCUUUUCGCUUUAUGAAGACGAGAUAUCCGACUCGAAGGCCCAAUUAGCAGCUAUUACAUUGAUUAUGUCUACUUUUGAGCAAAUGACAUGUUUUGGCGAAGAGAACGCUGAGCCAUUACGGACGAACUGUGCAUUAGCAGCAUCAAAGCUGUUGAAAAAACCUGAUCAAUGCCGUGGAGUGGCUGCUUGCGCAGCUCUCUUUUGGAGUGGGAAGAAAAAUGGAGCGGAAAUGAGAGAUGAGAAACGCACAUUGGAAUGUCUGAAGAAAGCUACUCGAAUCGCCAGCCAGUGUCUCGAUUUGGGGGUCCAAAUACAAUUGUACGUAGAAAUUCUCAACUACUACGUCUUCUUUUUUGAACGUGGAAACACAUUAAUUAAUGCAUCCUUGAUAAAUCAAUUAAUCAGUAAAAUUAAUGAAGAACUAGCAAACUUGGAAGGACCAGAAGAAUCGAAGCAAAUCAAAACACAAUUCGAUCAUACUUUGGCUCAUAUCAAGUGUCGCAUAGACUCUACAGAUGCUAACUUGGAAAUUUCUUUUGCAGGAAUCAAAUUGGACUAAAAGAUAAU